GCGCACUGCCUAUUUCCCGCUGUCAGGAUGAGGAGGCGGAGGUCGGCGCUCGGGUCCGUCUCUGCCCGCGGCUGUGGCGGCGCCGGCGGCUCCAGCCUUAGCGGUUCCUCCCUGGGCGGCGGCGGCGGCGGUUCGGUCGACGCCUCUUCCGCCAGCUGAGCCCGCGGGAGCCCGUGACGCCGCUUCCCCGCCCAUCCCCGCUCCCCGAGGCCGGCCGCCUGGCCAUGGCGCAGCCGGGCCCGGCUCCCCAGCCUGACGUUUCUCUUCAGCAACGGGUAGCGGAAUUGGAAAAAAUUAAUGCAGAAUUUUCACGUGCACAGCAGCAGCUUGAGCAAGAAUUUAAUCAAAAGAGAGCAAAAUUUAAGGAGUUAUAUUUGGCUAAAGAGGAGGAUCUGAAGAGGCAAAAUGCAGUGCUACAAGCUGCACAAGAUGAUUUGGGACACCUUCGGACACAGCUAUGGGAAGCCCAAGCAGAGAUGGAGAAUAUUAAGGCUAUUGCCACAGUGUCUGAGAAUACCAAGCAAGAAGCUAUAGAUGAAGUGAAAAGACAAUGGAGAGAAGAAGUUGCUUCACUUCAGGCUGUUAUGAAAGAAACAGUUCGUGACUAUGAACACCAGUUCCACCUUAGGUUGGAGCAGGAGCGGACACAGUGGGCACAGUAUAGAGAAUCUGCAGAGAGGGAAAUAGCUGAUUUAAGAAGAAGGCUGUCGGAAGGUCAAGAGGAGGAAAAUUUAGAAAAUGAAAUGAAAAAGGCUCAAGAGGAUGCUGAAAAACUUCGUUCUGUUGUGAUGCCCAUGGAGAAGGAAAUUGCAGCCUUGAAGGAUAAACUGACAGAGGCUGAAGACAAGAUUAAAGAGCUGGAGGCCUCAAAGGUUAAAGAACUGAAUCAUUAUCUGGAAGCGGAGAAAUCUUGUAGGACUGAUCUAGAGAUGUAUGUAGCUGUUUUGAAUACUCAGAAAUCUGUUCUGCAGGAAGAUGCUGAGAAACUGAGGAAAGAAUUGCAUGAAGUUUGCCAUCUCUUGGAGCAAGAGCGACAACAGCACAACCAGUUAAAACAUACAUGGCAGAAGGCCAAUGACCAGUUUCUGGAAUCUCAGCGUUUACUGAUGAGAGACAUGCAGCGAAUGGAGAUUGUGCUAACUUCAGAACAGCUCCGACAAGUUGAAGAACUGAAGAAGAAAGAUCAGGAAGAUGAUGAACAACAAAGACUCAAUAAGAGAAAGGAUCAUAAAAAAACAGAUGUUGAGGAAGAAGUAAAAAUACCCGUAGUGUGUGCUUUAACUCAAGAAGAAUCUUCAGCCCAGUUAUCAAAUGAAGAGGAGCAUUUAGAUAGCACGCAUGGUUCAGUCCAUUCCUUAGAUGCAGACUUAUUGUUGCCAUCUGGAGAUCCAUUCAGCAAAUCGGACAGUGACAUGUUUAAAGAUGGACUCAGGAGAGCACAGUCUACAGACAGCUUGGGAACCUCGGGCUCAUUGCAAUCCAAAGCUUUAGGCUAUAACUACAAAGCAAAAUCUGCUGGAAACCUGGACGAGUCAGAAUUUGGACCACUGGUUGGAGCAGAUUCAGUGUCUGAGAACUUUGAUACUGCCUCCCUUGGGUCACUCCAGAUGCCAAGUGGGUUUAUGUUAACCAAAGAUCAGGAAAGAGCAAUCAAGGCAAUGACACCAGAACAAGAAGAGACAGCAUCCCUCCUGUCCAGUGUUACCCAGGCUAUGGAGAGUGCUUAUGUGUCCCCUAGUGGUUACCGCUUAGUUAGUGAGACAGAAUGGAAUCUCCUGCAGAAAGAGGUGCAUAAUGCUGGAAAUAAACUUGGUAGACGUUGUGAUAUGUGUUCCAAUUAUGAAAAACAGUUACAAGGAAUUCAGAUUCAGGAGGCUGAAACCAGAGACCAGGUGAAAAAACUACAGGUGAUGCUCAGGCAAGCAAAUGACCAGUUAGAGAAGACUAUGAAAGAUAAACAGGAGCUGGAGGACUUCAUAAAGCAGAGCACUGAAGAUUCGAGUCAUCAGAUCUCUGCACUUGUCCUAAGAGCCCAAGCAUCUGAGAUCUUACUUGAAGAAUUACAACAAGGGUUUUCCCAGGCAAAGAGGGAUAUUCAGGAACAGAUGGCAGUGCUGAUGCAGUCACGGGAACAGGUUUCAGAAGAGCUGGUGAGGUUACAGAAAGAUAAUGACAGUCUCCAGGGAAAGCAUAGCUUACAUGUGUCACUACAGCAAGCAGAAGAUUUCAUCCUCCCGGAUACUAUAGAGGCACUGCGGGAGUUGGUAUUAAAGUACCGUGAGGACAUCAUCAGUGUGCGGACAGCGGCAGACCACAUGGAAGAAAAGCUGAAGGCGGAGAUACUUUUCCUAAAAGAGCAGAUCCAAGCAGAACAAUGUUUAAAAGAAAACCUUGAAGAAACACUGCAGCUAGAAAUAGAAAACUGCAAGGAGGAAAUAGCUUCCAUUUCUAGUCUAAAAGCUGAAUUAGAAAGAAUAAAAGUGGAAAAAGGACAGUUGGAGUCCACAUUAAAAGAGAAGUCUCAACAGCUUGAGAGUCUUCAAGAGAUAAAGAUCACUUUGGAAGAACAGUUAAAGAAAGAGACUGCUGCUAAGGCUACUGUUGAACAACUAAUGUUUGAAGAAAAGAACAAAGCCCAGAGAUUACAGACAGAAUUAGAUGUCAGUGAACAAGUCCAGAGAGAUUUUGUAAAGCUUUCACAGACCCUUCAGGUGCAGUUAGAGCGGAUCCGGCAAGCAGACUCCUUGGAGAGAAUCCGGGCAAUUCUGAAUGAUACCAAACUGACAGACAUUAACCAGCUCCCUGAGACAUGACACCCCUAUAGCAGGAUUCUAGCCUGCACUUUGGGUUUUUAACUCCUCUUUAGAGCAACAUUAAUUAUUAUUUAACUCUUAACUGAAGAAACAGAAGUCACAACAAAAGGAAGACUGGAGAAAUGCUUACUUCUAGUGGGAGAAGACUGCAGCACAGGAACAGCAAACAGCCAGGGUGAUUCGCAGCAGACUUUUCAAACGGGAACACUAACAAGACUCCAGACUUGAUCCCAACAGGUGUGGGAUCAGUUUGGUGAUGGAAAAAGUGCUGUUUCCUUGCCUGCUUUCUCCAACAUAGAUGUUUGGAACACAUUUCCCUACCCUAAAGCGACAUCCCAAUAGUGUUUGGAAUUACAUUUUCUGUUCAUAUAUAUUGGAAGAAAGAAUUUUCUUUUUCUGUUGUCUAGAGCUCAUCAGUAACAGUAUUCAGCUAGCAGACAGAGGUGUAGUACGCUGUAUGAAUAUUUUAUAUUAAAAUAUGAAGUUAUGAGAGCAGGCCAUUGGCUACUGACUGUAUUUCCCUUGCUCAGUGCAUUUUUUUCCCUUUUACCUUUUUAUUUUGCAUUGGAGGACCUUAAAUGCUACUGAAACUUACCUGAGAACCAUAGGACUGUGGCAAACAAAACCAAUUCAACAACUGAAUUAAUUAUGAAGAUUUGGAAACUUGGCUAGGGCUAUAUAUGUUGGAAGUUGAAGUUAAAGGAAAAGCACAAGAAAACUGUUUGGAAGCACUUUUCUGCAUACCUAGAUGAUCUUCGUGGACCGACAGGUACCAGGGUAAAGCUGAACUGGCACCAUCUACUUUUUUGAAGUGUUUUAGUUUAGUUAUUGGAUCAGUGAAAAAAAAUAAUAAAACAAGCUUUGUCUGACAACUAGUAUACAUUUAUAAAUCUGCUGCUUAUUUUCAACUUGGAUCAAUGGGCUUGAGUACUGUUUUUUUCAAAUGUGUCAAAUAUGAAAAUGGUGGUAACUAGGUUGACAGAUACUUUGUUUUUCUUUCAUAAUUUAGACCUGGAAUGGAAUGUGACAAUGCUUAUGGUAAAGUUGGGGGGGAAAAUAGUUAGUACAUUCAUCAUUUUGGAAGUCCGCUUUGUCAUUUUAUAAGAGGUUAGAUUCCUAUGUGAGAAACCUUCAAUGAAACAGGUCUUUGCCAUAGCUUUAUGAAGUGUUGCAGAAAGCACAAAGAAUGGGUUUGUAUCCACUAUUGACCUGUGGCAGUACUGUCCCAGGAAUAGUCAGUGGAAGGCUACACUGUUUAUAAUUCAUCAUCCAGAUAGUUCAAAAGUAAAAUUGUUAUUUUCAUAUAAUUUUUGUGAUUGGUUGCAUAACAGCAGGUUAUCUAAUGGAAACUUAUGGGAAUUAGUGAACUAAGCAGAUUGUUUGGUUCACUUAAAACCACCAUCAACUUACAGUGUAACGUGAAUUAUCUUUGUUAUAAAUGAAGUCAUUAUGGACUUGCCCUAAAGGUCUUUACUUCUGUCUUCCAUAGGACAAAUGAUAAGGACUACAUACCUUAUCUCUUGGGUUAUUAUUGAAGUCUUGCAUUCAUGAUUAUGAACUUAAAAGUAAAUACUAAUUAUGGGAAUAGUGCUAAAGGCUUGUCACGCAUGAAACAUAACUCUAAUUGGUUUGAAGUCCCUUUGUAUAAAGUGCUAUGUGGUUUAGAUAAAGGAAACAUAUAUCCUCAUUCAGUUUCAGGGAAUUUUACUAAUUACAAAAUGCAAUCAAUUUAAACUAUAUAGGUUUAAGACUAGUCCCUUGGAUAGGCCCCAAGCUAAUUUCAGAUUAUUAAAAUUAGCACUGUAAAUCAGGAUAAGCAAUUCAUCAUCUUUCUGAACCUACUGAACUAUAGGUUCCAGUGAAGUGUUCUGCUGAGACUGAGCACCUUACAAAUAUUUUUCUUCAGAAGACGGUAGUGGGGCAAUAAAAUCAUGAUUAGGGAACUGUUACUGCUCCCUACUGUGGCAGAUACAAAUUUUUGAAAUCCAGUUUAUUGAGGAAAGUAUAGAAAAACUCAAACUGAGACUCUAGGUUUUGUUUAACAACCUGUUUCUGAUGUGAAACAAACUGUGACACUAGGCAGGAAACAAUUCUUUAAGUUGGGUUUCCUGCAUAAAUGGGAACUAAUGUAGAAGGUGGGAUUUAGCCCUUCUAGACAAAAGAAAGGAUCAGUUGGGUUUCACGAGUGUUCCUGUGCUUAUGCUCAGUCUGUACACACGUUUUCACGCAUGUCUAACCUGAUUUACCUCUUAUCUGUAACGUACCUUACCAUGUGGCUUUCAAUUGGCAGUCACUCAGCCAUUUCUAGGCAGGUACAGUACUACCUUUCAGAAUUCAUAUUGGCAGGUAUAAAAAGAUGAUUGAAGCUAAAACCACAUACUACAUACCAAGCUAUUUCUUUCUUCCUUUGCGGUGCCAAACUUGCACAUUGUACCCACUCAGUAACAAGUUGUUUUGGGACAUAGAGAAUAGCCAGACUCAGCUCUGAAAGGUAAUACUGCCUGUGAAGAAGUGAGCCAGCAGUGGCCUUUGCAGUUGUGGAUCUUGAGCUCUGCUCUCAGCAGAUUUCAGGUGUAACCAUUUGUUAACUGUACUGAAGAUGUGUCCUUAAGAAGAAAGUGUUCAAAUUAAAAAAGCUGCUGCCGAGUA